CUUAAGUUCUUCGCACACAGGCACAAACACAUCACGGAAAGUUCUUAUUUGCAUUUUAUGCGUCUCACCUUCAUCUUGAUUUCAAGCCUGAAAAUUAGGAAAUUGGUCCAAACAUCAGCAUUUGUUUUUUUCUGACCUGGAUUUUACCUCAAACCCAAUCGUGUUAAGAUCCUGUGGUAUUAGGAUUGUUCAGAGACUCGUAAAACUAUUAAAAAUAGGAUACCAUUCUACAAAAAAAGGCUAGUUGGGAAUCUCCUAUUCGACAAGUGUGGAAGAUAAUCUUAACAUCCCGCUUGUACAUCCUUAUUUAUGUGCUUGAUGUAAAAAAAAGAUUUCUAUAGCUGCAUAUCUUGUCUGUUACUCUUGUCAAAACUUUUAAGAUUAAUGAGCAUUGAUUAUAAAUACGCAAGAAGCCAUAUUGUGGAUGUGCUUAUCAGGCAAGGCCUGUGGAUUACAUCACCCGCAGUCCUGCAUUUGGAUGGUUACUGACAGUCAUCAGAGACCCUCAAUUCACCUUCCCAGACAAACACUUGUGUCCGAGCACAUGGCAACCGGGAGAUUUCUUAUUCGCUAUGAGAUCUGAAUUGUAAUAUCCUGUUGUAUUUUUUUAUCAAUUCAGACAAAUAUUGCUUUCUUUUGCCAUCAGGCCCCGAAUUUCGAUUGGCUGAGAUGAGUCACGUGACCAGGAAUUGGCUGCAAUUUCGCCCAUAGUCUUCAGUUUAGUAGACCCUGGUCCCCAUACGCUAGUAAUAUCACCAAUAUACACAAUUAUUAAAGCCCGCAAAUGCAGUCAUAGCAGAGGCGCAAAAAACCCUAGCUUUUUGGAUGUUAUUUUUUGCGUGCGUUGGUGUCGCUGGACGCCCUUCUUGCCCAGGCGAAGCGAUGAAUUUUGAAUUUGAGAGGGAGAUUGGGUUCAUCAACAGCCAGCCUUCCCUUGCAGAGUGCCUGACGUCUUUCCCCGCUGUCCUGGAGUCAUUUCAAACUUCAUCAAUCAAGGACUCGACAGCAAUUCCACCUCCUUUCGAACACACCAUCCCUAGUCUGAGUCCCUGCACAGGCAACCAGGCGCGACCGAGGAGCCAAAAGCGAACAGCCUCUAAUGGCCUCCAGCUCCGGACACAAACGGCACCGCCGACGCAGCACCAGCAAGGCCCGGUCCCGUUGUCGGGUGGCGCGCCCCUGGCCCAUGAGUUUCCAUGGAUGAAGGAAAAGAAAUCCGCGAAGAAGUGCCCCAAGCCCGGAGCCUCAACAGCGACAGCCUCGCCCUCUCAGGCAUCCUCCGGCUACACAACCGCGGGACUCGAGUCGCCGACAGAGGUCCAAGGUGGGCUGGAUAACAGUAGCGGUUCACGGAGGCUGAGGACCGCAUACACAAACACGCAGCUACUUGAACUGGAAAAGGAGUUCCACUUUAACAAAUACCUCUGUCGGCCCCGACGCGUUGAAAUUGCAGCACUUUUGGAUCUAACAGAGCGCCAGGUCAAAGUUUGGUUUCAAAACCGACGUAUGAAGCACAAACGGCAAACUACGCACCACCGGGAUGGGCAAGAAGGCGAACAGAGCGGCUUCGACUCCCUGGACGGAAACGAUGCUGCUUCGCCUUACUCGAGCCAAUCUCUGGAAGUAUCUGGUUCUGGUUCGGCAGCACUUUCUGAGAGCGAGACAAAUUCCUCCUACACGAACGGUGCGGACAAAAGCCAGCCUACGCCUGAAGAGAGCGAGCCGGAGCCCGCAUCUGCUCCUGACACAGCGGUUCACUCCCCCCAAUACCCAACGCCUACUGCAGAUAACCCCACCACAAUGGGCGAGGGCCGCGCAGCUGGGCCGGAGCAUUCGUUCACAGAGACGCAGGAUGCCACCUCUCUACCAGAUUUGAAUUUCUUUUCGACGGACUCCUGCCUACAGAUUUCGGACGCUUUAUCGCCGAGUUUGCAGAGUUCACUUGACAGUCCUGUUGACUUCUCCGAGGAAGAUUUUGACUUGUUUACAAGCACUCUUUGUACUAUAGAUUUGCAACAUUUGCAGUUCUGAACAAAAGUAAUGAUAUCAAAAAGCAUACAAGAACAAUUUCCAUCUUAUCUGUGUCAUGAAUGCUUCUCUACAGCAACAUUCCUAAUAUAAGACAGAAAAAAGAAACAUCUAAAGGGUUUUUAACAAAUAGAUGUGACUCAAAGCCUAAACGGAGACAAAUUGUGCAUUAUUUUGAAAACACGGUUAUGUGUAAUCGUUUGAAUACAGGUCGGGAUGGCCCCUGUCGAAGUUUCAGGUAUUUUAUUGCCUUUUGAUUCUCGGAUUUUAGUUUAUGUCGAUUAACAGACGAAUGGCUGCGGACUUUUUCAGUGAAACUCAAUCAUUGGAAUCUCAGGAAUUGUGUCAGACAUAAGGGUAGUUGAACUGCUUUUAGGAAUUCUUCCAAGACGGGCGUUGUCGCCGGUGAAUAAUUUUAGAACUAGUUU